CAGAAAAUCUCACACAGCUACUUGAAGCCCUUGUAACAGACAAUGUCUUGAAUGAGUUGGAGAAAGAAAGGAUACAGGAAAUGAACCAAACUAGAGCAGACAAGGCACGUGACUUCAUUGACACCGUGAAGAAAAAGGGAGAAAAAGCCUGCAGGAUAAUGAUCAGUCACCUUCGUACCAUUGAUCCUACAGUUUCCUGUCAGCUAGGUUUGUCCUCUGGGCCAUCUGUUCGGUUAGCACUUGAAAAGUGUCAGCUCAAAUUCAAAUCUACUCUGAAGAAGAAAUUCCAGUGUGUGUUUGAGGGAAUUCCUAAAGCAGGGAACCCAACCCUGCUGAAUCAGAUCUACACAGAGCUCUACAUCACAGAGGGAGAGACUACAGAGGUCAAUCGUGAACAUGAGGUCAGACAGAUUGAAGCAGCAUCCAGGAAAUGGCACAGUACAAAAAUAACAAUCAGACAAGAAGACAUCUUUAAAGGCCCACCUGGAAGAGAUGAACCGAUCAGGACAGUGUUGACAAUGGGAGUGGCUGGAAUUGGGAAAACAGUGUUAACACAGAAGUUCACUCUGGAUUGGGCUGAAUGCAAAACCAAUCAGGACAUCCAGUUCAUAUUUCCAUUCACUUUCAGAGAGCUGAAUGUGCUACAAGAGAAAAAGUUCAGCUUGGUGGAACUUAUUCAUCUCUUCUUUACUGAAACCAAAGAAGCAGGAAUCUGCAGGUUUGAAGCCUUCCAGGUUGUGUUCAUCUUUGAUGGUCUGGAUGAGUGUCGACCUCCUCUGGAUUUCCACAAAACUAAAAUCCUAACUGACCCUCGAAAGUCCACCUCCGUGGAUGCGAUACUGAUAAACCUCAUCAGAGGGCAUCUGCUUCCCACUUCUCGCCUCUGGAUAACCACACGACCUGCAGCAGCCAAUCAGAUGCCUGCUGAGUGUGUUGACAUGGUGACAGAGGUCAGAGGAUUUACUGACCCACAUAAGAAUGAGUACUUCAGAAAGCGAUACAAGGAUAAGAAAAAAGCCAAUAGGGUAAUCUCCCACAUCAAGACAUCACGAAGCCUCCACAUCAUGUGCCACAUCCCAGUCUUCUGCUGGAUCACUGCUACAGUUCUGGAGAAUAUGCUAGAAACCAGAAAGAGGCGAGAGUUGCCUAAGACUCUGACUGAAAUGUACAUCCACUUCUUGGUGAUUCAGGUCAAAGUGAAGAAGGUCAAGUAUGAUGGAGGAGCUGAGACAGAUCAACACUGGAGUCCAGAGAGCAGGAAGAUGAUUGAGUCUCUUGGAAAACUGGCUUUUGAGCAGCUGCAGAAAGACAACCUGAUCUUCUAUGAAUCAGACCUGACAGAGUGUGGCAUCGAUAUCAGAGCAGCCUCAGUGUACUCAGGAGUGUUCACACAGAUCUUUAAAGAGGAGAGAGGACUGUACCAGAAUAGGGUGUUCUGCUUUGUCCAUCUGAGUGUUCAGGAGUUUCUGGCUGCUCUUCAUGUCCAUCUGACUUUCAUCAACUCUGGAGUCAAUCUGCUGGAAGAACAACAAACUGGGGCACAUUUCUACAAGAGUGCUGUGGACAAGUCCUUACAGAGUCCAAAUGGACACCUGGACUUGUUCCUUCGCUUCCUCCUGGGUAUUUCACUACAUUCUAAUCAGACUCUCCUACAAGGCCCGCUGACACAAAGAAAACGUAGCUCACGAAUCAAUCAGGAAGUAGUGCAGUACAUCAAGCAGAAGAUUGGGGAGAAUCCUGAUCAGGAGAGAAUCUUUAAUCUCUUUCACUGUUUGAAUGAACUGAAUAAUCGUUCUCUUAUGAAGGAAAUUCAACAGUCCCUGAGUUCAGGAAGUCUCUCCACAGAUAAAUUUUCCUCUGCCCAGUGGUCAGCUUUGGUCUUCAUUUUAUUGUCAUCAGAAAAACACCUGGAUAAGUUUGACUUAAAGAAAUACUCUGCUUCAGGAGAAGGCCUUUUAAGUCUGUUGCCUGUGGUCAAAGCCUCCAACUACGCUCUGUAAGUUACCAUUAAAUACACUAUCAUGUUUAGAA